CUCCACAUAUCCCAUCCCUCUUUCUCUCUCCAAACUGAAAGACAAUGGUGGGUUUUCGACAAUGAAGAAGAAGAGAAAGAUUACUGGGGGGUUAUGCUUCUUCCAUGGCCUGUCAUUCUGCUUACUAUUCUGCCUUUUCACCAUCACCACUGACGGAUUUUUCUGGCAAGUUCAAGUCUUCAAGACGAUAUAUUUGUAAACCUAUUCAGAUUUCUUCCAUUAUUCGCCGUAGAGCUUCUUAUAAUACUCUUGUUUCUGAGGCUGUUAGGCUCUUGGGACCUCCAGCAAGUUUUGAAGCUUCAAAGCUGAAAGUUGUUUUCAUGGGAGAGAGCAUGAAUGACUAUUCUAGAAUCCUUCCAAGGACAUACAUCCUAUCACAUUGUGACUUUACGGCUAACUUAACUCUGACUAUAUCCAACGUAAUCAACCUUGAACAGUUAAGAGGGUGGUACAUCAAGGAUGAUGUUGUAGCCGAAUGGAAAAAAGUGAAAGAUGAUAUGUGUCUGCAUGUUCACUGCUAUGUGAGUGGCCCCAGUCUCUUGCGAGACCUGGCAGCUGAGUUUCGAUACCACAUAUUCUCCAAGGAAAUGCCUUUGGUACUGAAAGCUGUGCUACAUGGAGAUUCAAUACUUUUCGGGGAGCAUCCUGAGCUGAUGGAUGCCUUAGUCCGGGUUUACUUCCAUUCAAGCUCAAAACAUUACAAUCGCAUGGAAUAUUGGGGGCCACUCAAGGAUGCUGCAGAGGGAAGACAAGAAGCACUUAUUCAAGGUUUGUUGACUGCAAGUGAAGGUUCCCGAUCUCUCAAAAAGUGGCGAAGGCCAAAAUCCAUCUUCCAAGCUCUAUUUGCCUUUCUUCUUUGAAUACAUUGCAUAGACAACACAAUUUAGAAGGCUGACUGCAUGCUUCGAGUGCAGUAGCUCAUCAGACUCUGUUUUUUUAAAAACAAAAUCACGAAAAUGCUCAUUUCAGGAUUCGAAAGUCAAGGCUCAAUUUGCAUCGAAGUAAAGAUUAAUUGCUUUGAUUCUUUUGCAACUAAUGUAUUUGUUCAAUUGUAAAACAUUGUUUACCAUUGUUUUGCAACUGAGCCCAUUUGUUCAUUCUUCAAUCAAUGGCUCAUGUCUUUUGUUGCUUUGUAAAUCAAAUUUGUAAAGCUGAAGUCUUGUUUCCAAGCUGUGUUUUAACACGCACACAAUCUCUCUCUUCUUAAUAAAUUUCUUUUUUCAUUUUU